GUCAGAGUUUCAGGUCUCUCCAGGUGCAGUUUGGUACAACAGUGGGCUGACGUCUGCGUAGUCGCCUAUGCGGCUUUGCUCAAUGUAACUACACCGUAACAAACUACAAAAAAGUUCGCUUAUUGCUAGUUAUGUAGUUUUGUCAAAAGAAAAAAUAAACUCUCCACUCGGAUUAUUGAUCACUAAGGGAGAAGGAAGAGGAAGACUGCGGCUGAUGGCUGUGAUUUUAACCGCGUUCAUAUUGGUGAGCACUGUCAGGUGGAGCGUGACUUUCCACGUAGCUGCUCAGACCUGCGUGGAUGAGAGCAGGUUUGAGGAGCAGGUGGUCUAUCUUGGGCAACAAGGGGCUUCUUAUCAGCUGAGGUGCCCUCACGGGAUUGUUCAGCCACAGAACUCGUCCCAGCUCCAGCUGAACUGGCAGAAGGACUGUCAGCAGCUCCUCGACCAGGAGGGGAAGGCUUACCUGCAGUUUACCAACCUCAGUGUGGAAGACCAGGGAAAUUACACCUGUGUGCAACAGGGCAACAGCACGGCCUCAUUCACAGUGCGUCUCAUAAUUAAAGAAUCCCAGUGCUCCAAAGUCCCAGAGUUUAAACCUAAUGGGGGCCCGACCAGACUCUGGGGGGCCGUGGAAUCCAGUGUAAAACUGAACUGCAGCGCUCUCCUCCUCUGGGACCCUGAAGAGGAACAAUGUGAAACUGCGCUGCACUGGACUAAAGAUGGAAAACCCUUCACCAAUCACACACUUUACACACAGAACACCUCCUCGUGGUAUCCUGCUGCGGGAAAGCUGAUGGUAACCAGUCUGCUGGUGGUCACACUCAGAGAGCAGGAUGAUUUUGGGCUCUACAGUUGCACCGUGAGGAACGUUUCCUCUGACUUCAGCCUGGAGGAUUCAAACAGCCCCAACCACACAGCUGCUGUCAUUGCAGCCAUCAUUCUGCUCCUCUGCCUCGCUGUAGCUGCUGUCAUGUAUGUCAAAUGUCACCUGAACAUCAAACUCUGGUACAAGAACUCCUACGGGGACUAUGAACUCAAUGAUGGCAAAUUAUACGAUGCAUAUAUCUCCUAUGUGAACAAUGAUUAUGACAGGAAGUUUGUCAGCUUCAUUCUCAAGCCUCACCUGGAGAACAAAAACAGGUACAAGGUGCACCUCAAUGACAACGAAAUCCUACCUGGAUCAGAACCUUCUGCAGAGCUGCUGAUGAACAUAAGUCGCUCACGGCGUCUGAUUGUGUUGCUUUCUCAUGCUUACCUUGAGCAGGACUGGUGCAUUAACAACUUCAGUGUAGCUGUGCAUGUUUUCAGACAGGGCUUCCUGCACCUGCUGGAGUUGAGUCAGCAGCCCAUCCUCAUCCUGUUGGAGGGUCAGUCUAAACGCAUGAGGCCUGAGGUCAAGCAGCUGCUCAGUGAGCACCAGCACUGCCUCACCAUCCUCACCUGGAAGCACAACUCUGUGACUCCCUCCUCAGUCUUCUGGAAGGAGCUGGCCUUGGCGAUGCCUCGCAGGGUCGUCUUUCACAGCGAGGCUGCAGGCGACCCUCAGACUUUGCUGCAAGAUGACAGGGACCCAAUGCUGACCCUGAACCCUGACUACCUGGACUGUCGCUCAGACACAGACCCUGCUGGAGAUCUGGGGCUCCGGCUACCUGUGUAUAAAUCUCUGGCCUGUAGAGCUCCUGUCCUCCCGCCUGCUCCUCUCAGCACUGCUGAGCCCAAACCUCCUGACAUCGACGUGUCCGACCUUGGAUCACGAAACUAUGGAGCACGCUCAGACUUUUACUGCCUUUUCACUGAGGAGGAUAUUUAAUCCGCACUCCCCUUACUUCUGCUGAUCUCUGGAAGAUGUCUUCGUCAUUGUCCUCUUUAGAAAUACUUCAAAUGUAUCUAGGACUACAUGGUUACUUUUGCUUUUGUACAGUGUGUUUCAAAAUCAGCGUUUUCCCUCUGAGCUUACCAAAGACUGGUCUUUAAUGGUUUUUAUUUUUUAAGUUUGUGUAGAAUAUUUAAUUAAGCAGUUAGCUGUCUGCACACAGAGGAUUGGUAAAGAAUAAUAAUAAUAUACCUGUGGAGAGUUUCUCUGUUUGCACACCAGUAAAAUAAACUGAACUCUUGUGAUUGUAGAG